GUGGUAGACUUCAUCUUCUUCGUCUGCGAGUGAUGGCCCCUCGAGAACAGUGCAAAGUCAUCAGCCGUAAGCGUAAAACCAGUGUACAUCACAUGGAAGAAACCUGAUCAGCUUUUGCCUGCGGACACUGCGGUCUCCAUUGCACAGCUUCGAUCAACAUCACCAUUAUUCUUCCUGAAAACUUUGAUCUACCCGUUGCCGCCUCCCAAACACAGUAAACCUCUCAUCCUUAUCUGCCUCCCUUCUCCGACGCUGUCGGUUUCCAAAAGCUUUGAAGUACUUUAUGGAAGUACCGAUACAUGGAACUCUGCUUUCUGCUGCAGCCUUGCAGAACAGGCUUAGCUUUUAAUCUUUUUCAGCUUCGAUAAAGAUUAUCGCUGAACUGUUGCAUGCGAGCUUUCUCAAAGAUGGGAUUUUUAGCACACCCGAAGGCUAAUUCCUUCCCUGAUCUCUGCAUUGUCUCCAUCGCCGCCGUCUCAGCCGUCUUCUUCCUCUGCUUUCCAUCCGCAGCCCAACCGCUCUCCCCCUCCCAAUCCAAGGCCCUGCUCCGCCUCCAGCGCCUCCUGGAAUACCCGCCGCCGCUGGCCGGCUGGUCCAACGCCACCGCCUUCUGCUACCUCUCGCCUUCCCCGUCUCUCUCCAUCUCCUGCGCCGGCGGCCGCGUCACCGAGCUCUCUAUCGUCGGCGGCGCCAGCCGGCCCCUGUCCGCCAACUUCUCCUCCGACUCCUUCUUUACCACCCUCUCCAGGCUCCCCGACCUCACCACCCUCUCCCUCGUCUCUCUCGGCCUCCAGGGACCGCUCCCCGCCAAGGUGAACCGCUUUUCCUCGCUCCAAGUUCUCAACUUGAGCUCGAACUACUUCUCGGGGGUGAUCCCACCGGAGAUCUCCAAUAUCACGAGCCUCCAAAACCUCGUUUUGAGCAGGAAUUCCUUAAACGGAACGGUUCCUGGCCUCCACCCCUUGACUGCCCUCCUCCAACUGGACUUGUCAGGGAAUCGCCUCGGGCCAGACUUCCCGUCUCUGAGCAGUAGCCUUGUGACUUUGCUCCUUAACAACAACAGCUUCCGCGACAAACUCCCGGACAGUCUCGCAUCACUCGACCACCUCCAGAAGCUGGAUUUGUCUUCCAACCAGCUCAAUGGCUGGAUCCCGGCGUUCUUGUUUUCAUUGCCAUCGGUGCAGUAUCUCGACUUGUCUAAGAACAGGCUAACCGGAGAACUUCCGGCAAAUUUGUCAUGCAGCAAUCAACUCGGAUAUGUUGAUAUCUCGAACAAUCUUAUCGUCGGAGGACUGCCUUCAUGCAUCCAAUCAAAUUCCUCGACCCGGGUAGUACUGAGUUCAGGGAACUGCUUGAAUUCACGGGAUUUCGGGUUCCAGCAUCCGAGUUCUUACUGCAAUCAGGGUGCGUUGGCCGCAGUUUUGCCUUCGGCAAACAAGAUCAGUGGAUCCAAGAGCAAUUUGGGCCUUAUAUUUGCCAUUGUUGGGGGAGUCAUUGCUGGUGCAGUGUUAGUUGGAUUACUAGUCUUCUUGAUCUUUAAGAAACUAAGACCAGAGGAUCGAGAGGCCAACAACAUCUUCAGCACACCCAGUGCAGGAAAAUCUUUGGUUCUGGUUGCUUCGAGAAGUCCUGCUGAAGCAAGGCACAUGUCUCGUACAAUUAGGAUCGGCACUCUUGGGCAAACACCAUAUCGUGUCUUCAGUAUGGAGGAACUUGAGGAUGCUACCAACAGUUUUGAUCCAUCAAACUUGAUUGAAGACAGCCCUCAAGCACAGUCCUAUAAAGGUUGGCUCCAAGAUGGCUGUUGGGUGGUAAUUAGACAUUUGAAAUUGCGACAGAAGCUUUCACGACGGAGCCUACUUCAGUAUAUGGACAUCAUCUCAAAGCUCAGGCAUCAUCAUUUAGUCAGCAUUGUCGGACAUUGCAUUGCUAGUGGCCCGGAUGGUGGCAACACUAUGGAUUCUGUCUUCCUUGUUUCUGAACAUAUCACUAAUGGAAAUCUAAGGGACCAUCUUGGUGAAUGGAGAAACCGUGAGAUGAUGACAUGGCCGCAAAGAGUGUCAGCUGUUAUUGGAGUUGCAAGGGGAAUCCAAUUCUUACAUACCGUUACAGUUCUCGGUAUCACUGGAAAUGAUCUUAACAUAGAGAAUAUAUUGUUGGAUCAAACUCUCACUGCAAAAAUAAGCAAUUAUAAUCUUCCAACACUUCCAAAUCUCAAAAGCAACAAGGGAGGCUCUGAGAGCCCUUUGACUGGUACAGUGGACAAGGGACAUCUUAGCAGUAUCGGCACUGUGGCAAAUGGUGAAAAAGAAGAUAUUUAUCAGCUCGGACUCAUUCUUCUAGAGAUUAUCACAGGGAAAUCUAUGGGGUCCAGAAGUGAGUUAGACUCUCUCAGAGCUAAGUUUCAGAAAAUUUUAGCAGAUAACCCAGCAAACCUGAAGGGACUUGCUGACCCUGCAAUUCGCGGAAGUUUUGCUCUCAACUCCUUAAGAACAGUAGUUGAAGUAUCCCUCAGUUGCAUAUCUAAAGAUCCUAAGCAACGCCCGUCGAUUGAUGAUAUCCUCUGGAAUUUGCAAUACUCAGUGCAAGUCCAAGAUGGCUGGGGAAGCAGUGAAAACUUAAGCUUCCAAAUGUAGUUCUUCACCUGACUUCAAGUUAUGGCUUUGUUUCUUCUCAGUCUCUGGAAAGGUUUGGUGCCAUCUGAAUAGAACAGCAGUACUUCUACACGCAGGCUAUGUAAGACACCAUAAUAAGGUCAAAUGUGUACACUAUGUGAUCAAGUUCUGCAAAUGUGUGACAGCUUUGCAAUCAAACAUACAUACAGCUCAAAAGUGUCAUUUUUCUUACAUACAUUAGAUAAUCAAAUUAAUUAUUGGAGAACA